AUGAUUGAUAACAUAAAUUGCUGCUUUUGUACAGGUGAGGAAUCGCUCAAUCACUUGUUUUUUGAAUGUCUAACAAUGAGGAAUAUCUGGAUGGAAGUCCUUGAUUGGAUCCAACUACAACAUAUUCCUGGAGAUUGGAAUCAAGAACUUAUAUGGUUAACUCAACAAUGUAAGGGGAAAGGUCGUAAUGUUGCCAUGAUCAAGCUUUCCAUUACAGAAACCGCCUAUGAGUUAUGGAAGCUUAGGAAUGAGAAAAGUUUUAGUAAAGUUGAUACCAAUAAUCGUAUAUGCAAUAGAAUUAUAGAAUCAAUAAUGUAUAAGGGGUGGAAUAAUUUGAAGCUAAGAAAAUACAUAGCUAGUCUCAUGGUGACCUAG